AUGGACGCCUACCCCGAAGACUACGUCAACCACAAUCUCCCUUUCGUCCUCCUUUCCGGACUGGAGGCGAGCUCUGAGAAUGAUGCUGCAACCUCUGCGGAAUAUCCCCUCCUCUCCGAGAAGGGCUCAGAGAUCUUCUCCGAACUCCCUCCGGUGAGCGGGGCUCUUGCAGAGGAAUUGCGGAGCGUGCUACUUGAAGAAGAUGGCUCUCGCAUGCCAUGGAAGUCCAGACCCAGCUUAGAUGAUAACAACUCAUCCGCUGCAGGGAUUGGUUUCAAGAUCAAAAGUACUGGCCGGUCCUACAAGCUUCCUCCACGAAAAGCCAAUCCUCCGCUACGCUCCCCUUCCAUGAACUCUUUCGUCGACUCAGACUCCGUUGUUCUGCACUCGCCCAUAUCACCAUUGACUCCAGGCUCUCCAACAUUUCCAGAUGGUCUACUCACUCCGCUCUGGGUCACCAAACAUCAGGACCUGGUUCCUGCAGCGGUCAUCAAUUUCUUUCCCUUUUCUUUGGACCGGAAUAUGAACACGCUCCGCGAUAAUCAAUUGAAGAUCGAGAUUAAUGAUCUAAAGCAGGCGUGGACAUCCUCCGGCUUCAAGACUCGGUAUUUGGUGGUGUUGAUAUCCGAAGAAGGUGAUGGAGGGCAUACUUGGGAGAUUGAUGAUCGGGUCGCAGGCAUCCGCAGAGCGACGAAUCUCGAUCCAAAAUCAGUUUUCGUCGUCCCGCCAGACGCGACAACGUCAGAAUUAAAAGACUUUACGAAAUCAUUGUUUUCGCUGUUGCAGCCCUCUGUCGUGGAAUACUAUCGGGACCUGUCCAAGCAUGCCCGGCGGAAGCGCAACAGAAGUAGCAUCCCUCCUCAGACGGCGCCGCCCACCAGCGGCACUUCUCAGACCCUGUCGGUCCAUGGGUGGAAUGUCCGUUAUGAGUUCAAACUUGGGAUAUUUGCCGAGUUUCGUCAGGAGAUGGAUGCAGCGUGUCGGAAUUAUGAGUCUGCCUACGAUACCUUGUUUGGACAGGAGGUUUUUGAGAAUAUCGCUGGAUGGGAUCCACGAUUCAGUGACGCACGCCUUCUCUCUGAUUCUCUGGCCAUUCGAAUUAUUCGUUGUUUACUUUGGACAGGUCAGACCACUGCGGCCGCACGGUUCUGGGUCGAUCACAGAGUUCGCACGAAGGAUAUCAUCAAUCGAAGGGGUAAAGGCAGCAGAAAUUACGGAUGGGAAGCAUGGGAGGCGCGGUGGUCGAUGGUUAUGGCUCAACUCAUCCGCCGAGCGGAAAUACCGUCUCUUUCAUCCGGGGAAUUUGGAUCCAUAUACCUUUUGCCUGAGAAAGCAAUCCCCACAGGGGAACGAGUCAAUCCCUGGGAGCACUUGCACCAUGAGGGCUAUUGGCUAUGCCGCUCAGCAAAACACACAAAGCUGCGAAGAACUCUUGCGGAACAAAUUCCAAGCGAGGAUCGAAUGCCUCCAGGACAGUCUCCUGCCUCGCAGAUUGCCAACAAGUCUUACCUUUACGACACAUAUCUGGCCCCCGAGACUCAUGCUGAAUCACCUCUGCCCGGGAACACAGGCUUUGACCAUUCCUGUCUGAUCCUGAACACCUUGAAGUCUGCACUCGAAGAGUUCUCAAAACGCCAACAGACUCGUCAUGUCGAGAGCCUCGGCCUCGAGAUCGCAGAAGAGUACAUGCGCGUUGGCUCUUGGACGGAGGCAUACGAUAUCCUUCAACCCUUGUGGCCAAAUCUGAGCUGGCGCCGUUCUGGUUGGUGGCAACUGAUGCACAGUUUCGGUUGGGCCUUAAGGGAAUGUGCUCUCCGAGCACAGAAAAGCGAGACAGUGCUGCAAGUGGAUUGGGAGCUGCUUCAUAAUGUGUUUCAACCAAAACCUUCUUGGCAAUAUGACAUCCAUCAGAGCCUCGAAAGUUUCCCUUCAGAAAAACCGAAACCAUCCGUUGUCCUUCGAGCAGAAGACGUCAUGCCGAGCUUGACCGCUUCAUUGGUCUUUGAAAAAGCCGAAGGCAACGUCGGGGAACCACUGCAGGCUCAACUCAUUAUUUCAUCGUGUGCUCAAAAAUCUUCCGCGCCCAUCAAACUCACGGAGGUGAAAGUAGUCUUUGAGGGCUGCUUGCGGCCACUGAAGAUUCAAUCUGACCAGAAUCAAAAUGCCGACACUACGAGCCCGUGUUGCCUCACUUCUCUCCAAUUACGAGAACCGCGCACGUCUGUCGAUUCCGCCGUUCAAUCACCGACGAGUGGAUUGGCCACCUUACUUGGGACAUCCGAUCUUACGAUUGGCCCUUGCCAGACCAAAGCAUUCAAUCUCACUUGCAUCCCCCGCGAGGCUGGUGAAGCCCGGGUGGCUUCGAUAACCAUGCUGAUUGAGGAGGAAAAGUUUGAUCUCGCCUAUGUUAUCACAUGCGAGGAACAAUACAAAUCCGUCUGGUGGCAAAACACUAAAAAGGGAAUAAGUCACAGAAGGGUGGGCAAAGACCGAGACACUGGCAAAUGUAAGGUUAUGCCAAAGCCUCCCAAGAUCCGCAUCACAACCCCCAAUCUUAAACAAAACUAUUACACCAAUGAACGGGUGGCUUUGGAUAUAGAGUUACAGAAUGAGGAGGAGGAAGCAGCCGAUGUCACCACUGAAGUUCGACUGUUUGGUCCUCCAGAGUCAUCGGCUAGGAUUCUGUGGCUCGACACAGAGGACAACGUCGCCACCCAUGAGUCAGGGACUAGCACUCCAGCCGAAGGUCCAACCCAUUUCUUGAAACAACCAGUCGGAGUAAUCGAGCGUUCCUCUGAUAGGCACAUCACUGUUGUUGUGGAUGACACUCAGAAUAUUGCGAAUUAUCAACUGGAAAUUUCAGCCAUCUACAACCUGGUGUCUGAUGUCCAAACUCCUAUCUCGAAGACUAUCACCGUUGAUCUGUCAUUCACCCGGCCAUUCGAGGCCAACUACGACUUUCUGCCUUGUGUUCACUCGCAACCAUGGCCGAAUUUCUUCGCAGUUAGUGACGACUUGCUCGGUGAAGCUUCGGGGUCGGUCCCGGGAGGCUUACAGCAGAGAUGGUGUCUCAAUUCCAAGGUUGUUUCCUUUGCCCUGGAGCCAAUCGUCGUUGAUCGAAUGUCUGUGGCUCUUCUCGGAGUUGGCGGCGGUGCGGUGUGCAAUAUCGAGCCAGAGACAUUGGUCAGCCCCACCACUUCGCAACUUGCACCGGAAGAAAUGCGGGAGUCCAACUUUUGCCUUGACAUACAGAAGCUCACCCUCGGUGACCGCCGGCCCUCUACGCUUAACCUCGCACUAGAAAUCCAAUGGCAUCGACAAGGGUCCGACAACGAAAGCGCCGUAUCGACCUCCAUCCUUGAGAUCCCGCGGUUCGUCGUUCCCAUGGGAGAACCCAGGGUGCUCGCCUCCUCAUCCGUCUCGGAGACCAUGCCUGGACUGAUUCAUCUGGAGUACACGCUGGAGAACCCAUCCACGCACUUCCUCACCUUCAACCUCAUGAUGGAGGCUAGCGAGCAGUUUGCCUUUAGCGGACCGAAGACCACCGUCGUCCAGCUUGUGCCGCUGAGCCGGCACACGAUCCGGUACAAUUUGUUGGCAGCCAAACGCGGCUUGUGGAUCCAGCCACAGCUGGUGGUGGUCGACGGCUACUUCAACAAAACUCUCCGUGUUCUCCCCACAGGGGAGAUGCGCUCGGAUAAGAAGGGCAUUCUGGUGUGGGUUGAUGCUGAUGAUUAG